ACAUAUCCUACAAAGUUUAGUAACUCUAAAAAAUCAAACCAAGCUAAUUAGCUCCAUUUCCUACUGUGAAUCCAUGGCAACUCAAUCACAGCCAUUGAUUUCACAACCACCAACAGCCAUUGAUGAUGACGCUGCAAUCGCAGAUGAAGUAAUGGCUACUCAUCAUUCCAAUGGUGCCACCAAUUUGAAUGCAAAUUUUGUUUUGAGCUAUGCUGAAAAUAUUCUCAACUUUAACCACCUGGUUUCUGGAGAAGUUGAGAAAGACAUAUUAGUGCCACAAAAGCACAUUCAUAAGGAACUCCCAUACCAAGUGAUACAACUUUCUUUUGAGGUUGCGUUUAAGUGUUUGAAUAAUAUUGAUUGUCACUGGGCAACAAUCCAUUUGCUAAGCAAGCUAUCCACCUACCCUUGGGACACCAAGGCAGUCAUGAUGCUUGCAGCAUUUUCCUUAAUCUCUGGACAUUAUUUCAUCACUGUUUCUCAUCGCCCAAAAAAAUUAGCAAACAUGUUGGCAAUUUUCAAGAAAAAUCUAAUUGCGACUACACCAUCUUCUCAUAUUGAGAAAUUAGUUGGCGAUAAUGAUUCUAUCAUCAAGUUCAUUCUCGAUCUCGUCAAGUGUGUGAGUGAGCUUAAUCAACCACCAUCUUUCACAACCGCUAGUUUUGGCGACUUAUUGGAUUACCAGGAACAUUCUUGCUUGUUCCCAGCGUAUUCUUUGUGUUGAUAAGUCCAAAAAUGAGACAAUGGAAGAAUCCACUUUAAUUGCCAAAUCCAAAACCAUACUCUCUGCUUGUUAUGCGCUACUAGAGGCAAAGAGAACAGAGAAAUCUUACGAAGCGUUAUUGCAUGCUUUUAGUCAUUCUCAUAAUAACCUUGAAGUUCUCAAGCAAAUAUUCAACAUCAAUAAUGAUUCCGAGAAGAUAUUUCAGCACUAUGUCAAAGAGUUGACGGAAAUGACUUUAGGUGUUGGUUCUGUCAUUGAUGAUAUUGAGGAGAGGAAACAUGACUUGGUUGAUCACAUUAAAAAUACAAUUGACGAUUGGAGAAAUGACAUUAAUAUGAGGAUAAAAGAUUCGGAUUCUUCCUAUACUUACAGUAGUAAGAAUGAAGAAAUGCUUUGGUAUAAAGAGACAUGGAAUAUUAAACUGUUGGGACGACACUCCAGGACAAUUCAACGGUUGUUGGGUAAUGACGACAGCUAUAACAUAGAUAAGUGGAUAGAAACUUGGGCUACAUGGAAAUAUGACAUUUUCUUUUGUGGAGGGAAUGACGCUAAAUUUAUUCAAGAAUUCGCAACUAAAGUGAAGGAGGUUAAUUCUGAAAUCCAACCGAAUAUCAAAUUUGCAUACAUUGGAAAUAACAAGAAAGCAAAGUCACUUGUGAAAAGUAUAAGUGGUUAUGCACUUCGUUCUAAUAAUGCAGAAUAUUUGUGGUUUUGGACACAACUUUGCAGUGCAUUCCUAUCAAGAAUUUAUUAUUUAAAUAAGGGUGGUCGUAUUGAAGAUGAGGACAAAAAUUUUCUUGGACUCUAAAAGUUACUAGCUUACGAAGCUAAAAGCACAACAUUUGGAGCAUGGGUUUUGUUAAGCAAAGGGGAAGAAGUAAUAGCAUGUGACUUAGGUGACAAAAUGAUGAAAGUGAUGAAUGCGUACCAAAAAUGGAAGAGCAAUAUACACAUCAAAGGU